GUAGUAGAAGCCCUGCCUUGCCGGACGGUACCUGCCUCCAGCCGCAGCAGUAUAAUACUGCCUGUCGUCGCGCUCGUCUCUGUACUCGAGAGACUGUUAUUAUGAGCUGAAACUGAAAGUGACUCAUCUUUCAUUUCUGCUGUUCGUCUCCUCGAAGGCCGCGCGAAAAAAAGUUGAGCGCAGAGCGGUAAUAUUCAAGCCUAAAGAGUCACAGCAUCACCAGAGAGAAAUGGCGUCAGUAGAGGACAGCUGGCGAGAGGCUACCGAGGGCUUGGACGAGGGCGUCAGCGAGUCCUGGCUGACGCGGCUCCAGGAGGUUUACUCCGAAGAGAAGCGAACUUAUCAUAACCUCGAUUCACUCAGGCAAAAGCUUCAGCACUACCAUGACGUCAAGGACAGCCUCAAGAAUCCCAAGGCCGUGCUCCUCGCCCUUCUUUUUCAAAACUUCGAGUACGACCCUAAGGCGCUCGAUGGCGAGAACAAGAACUUGGAGCACUUCACGUCCUUCGCCGAAGAAGCUGGUAUUCCAGGCGACUCGGAGCUGAUGACGGAGACACAGGCUUUACUGAGGGCCGCCUCUACGCACAGCACCGAGGCUCACAAGGUCGGCGGAGCUUUUGGUGGUGAGGACGCCCACUACCUGCUCGACCUGGAUAUGGCUGUUCUAGGCGCCGAGACCGAAAAGUACGCCGAGUAUCGAGACAAGAUUCGCGGCGAGUACUCCUUUCUCAGCGAGCCCAUGUACACCGCACUCAGGCUCAAGGUGUUGCAGAACUUUUUGCAGAUACCCAACAUCUUCGCGACCAAAGAGUUUCGCGAGAAGUUCGAGGAACAGGCCCGAACAAACAUUCAGUCCGAGAUUGAACUGCUAUCUUAGGCUGGUCAAGGAUCGGCAUGACUAUAGGUAAAAAAAAAAUCAAACUAUACGCGCGCAACUAAUGUUGCGCGAGAGACAGAGAAAUGCAGGGUUGAAUAUUUGAGGAAACUGCAAAGGCCGGUAAUUGUUACGUAUAACUAAAAAGCUUCUAAAUGUAGAAUUAACAGAAUAACAAACAAAAAAUAUAUCAAAGAGGAAUUUUACCGAUAGCGAUAUCGGGAUCGCCGAUGAACACAGUGAAUUGACGCUGUGUGGGAAAAUAUAAUAUAUAAUUAACUAUAUAAAUGGAUUAUUUUUAAUAUGAUUUUAACCGCGUUGUUUUUACGAAAGAUUUACCCGAUUCUAUUUUUGAACCUACUUUGUGGACGUCAGGUAUAUAUGAUAUUAUUAUACAUUCUAAAGGCAGUUGGCGUGGAGUCGGCUAUAAAUAUUUUUUUACCUUAGAAUCACAUUGCUUUUGAUUUCGCUUGAAGAGAUUCGUCGAGCAUACAGGCACGCGUUAUCGAGAGGAACUUUAUCUGCCCGAAAAGCAAACUUUACGAACGAGGCUAAGUCAGACUGAAGACACACUGCAUAUAACUCGUACAAGCGUUUUUCCAACCAAGCUGCUUUGAAAGUUGAAGACAAGAAACGCAACAGUCCUGAGCAAACGCAAAAACAAAAUAAACGAAAACUUUUGCAUAGAGUAAUUUGUACGUAUUUUACGGAGGGAUAGUUCGAUUUUGCAACUACUAUAUAUUAAUUGUUGAUCACUUUAAUAUUGUAUAAGCUAUAUACCCCGAUGUUCUUAUGCUGGGUUGCAAUUUGUGAAAAAUCGUUAGCUUUCGUUGUUUGUGUGAUUGCCUAUUAUGAAAACCUACCCGCGAAGCGCUAUAUUCCUCGUUUUUUUUUAUUUUCACACACUCUGUAUAACCGGACUGUCGUGGAGAAGAAUAGAUGUAAAGUUUUUAUUUUGUACAGCGUGCGAGGCUAACAAUAAUAAGAUGUAACUAACGUGGUUGUGUAUAUCGUGACAAAUGUCGUGCAAUUAUGAUUUUUUAAUAAACGCAGGUGUACGAGGCAUUUACCUCGAUGAACGACGAAGGCGAACAAUUUGUUAAGUUUGGCAAAAAAAAAAAAAGAAAAUAAAAUGAAUAAACGUUGUUACUUGUCCUACGAAUUUCAAUACUCGUCGUUAUAUGAUAAAUAAAUAACUGAAAACUGCUUACAAAAUGUGUACAAUGGUGUAGAUCCUGUCGAGGGCAUAAAAUAAAAAUAAACGAAGUUACAGACA